GAGGCUGGUUUGUCCGGGAUAUGCUCUCCUAAGUCACCGGGUCCUCUCCAAAGUCCACCAGACUUUUGCCACCAUUGCCCCCCACAACGGCUCCGCGGAUUUACUGUCCUCCUUGGGUCCAACAACCACCCGAAGGAAGUGGUCGGUGGUCCUGCUGGUGACAGCUGUCGCGAUGCUGCUGCUGGUUCUGGUCGUGCUCGUCCCCGUGCUGCUCCUGCGCCCCCCGGAGACCUCAGCCCACUACUAUGAGAUGAUGGGAACCUGUAGGAUGAUCUGUGACCCCUACAGUCCGAAAGCAGGAGGAACCGUCUCUGUAGAGGUUCAGAACGGAAAUGGAAUCGAUCCUCUGCCGCCGAUGGCUCAGGGGAGCCGCGGAGAGCCAGGGCGACAAGGCAAACCUGGACCCCGCGGACCACCGGGGGAGCCGGGACCCCCAGGACCCAGGGGACCCCCGGGUCAGCGCGGCAAUGGCAAGAUCAUCUUCCCGGCUCUGACCGGAUCAGCCGGUGCCGAGGACGCGGACUUGGACGCGCAAAACUCCACCGGCAGCAGCAGCCUCAGGAUCGCUUUUUACGUGGGUCUGAAGAACCCACACGAGGGGUACGAGGUGCUGAAGUUCGACGAUGUGAUCACAAACUUAGGGAACCUGUAUGACCCCAGCACCGGGAAGUUUACAUGCCAAGUCUCCGGGAUCUACUACUUCACCUACCACGUGUUGAUGCGAGGAGGAGACGGAACCAGCAUGUGGGCCGACCUCUGCAAAAACGGACAGGUCCGGGCGAGCGCCAUCGCUCAGGAUGCCGACCAGAACUACGAUUACGCCAGCAACAGCGCCGUGCUGCACUUGGACUCUGGUGACGAAGUCUACGUCAAACUGGAUGGCGGGAAAGCUCAUGGUGGAAACAACAACAAAUACAGCACCUUCUCGGGCUUCAUCUUAUACCCCGACUAACCAGCAGCACGGAUCGCGGACUCUCACUGAUACACAAUAUUUAAUAUGUGGUUUAGACAUAAUGGUUUUAUCAUGUCCGCAAAACACAAGCUGCCUUGUUUUGUCUUACAAAAAUCCACAUCCUCCAUGGCAGCUGUAACCAUCGCACCCAGAACUUCUGUCACUCAUCCAGCCAUAUUGUUGCAGGCAAGGAGGAAAAAUACUGGAAAUGAAGAUUCUGAAAAGGAUAGUUUCACCAGCUUUAUUCUAUUAAAUUCGGUUUCAUUGGAAUCUUAACCAACUCAAAUAAGAUUAUCAUUGCAGACUUCGGUCGAGACUGAGACCAGAUCACACAGAGACAGAGAGAAGACCAAGACCUUUGAGGAGGAGUUAGACCAAGACCAAACUGACCACAGAAUAAACUACUUAUUUGCCUCACUGAAAGCUGUUUCUUUUGCAGUAAGACAUAACUGUGUGUCCAUAUGGCUAAUAGACUUGUGCAUCACUAUUCUGUUGUCAAUUUGGCCUCAGUCUUGGACUCAGCCUCCUUAUCCUCAUCAGCUUCCUUAGCCUCCUUAUCGAGGCCCAGUCAUGGACUUGUAUGCUUUGCUCUCAGUCUCGGGUUAGUCUCAGAUCAGGGAGUCUCCAUAGGCGGAUGAUGAAGAUGCAUAGAACCAGUGUGUUGUUGGGCCACCACAAAUGUACAUGGUGAAGCAUCUCUUUUUAGAGACGCUAGUCUGCAAUGAUAUUCUCAGUCUCGUGUCUUUGUGACUACACUUGGGCCCUUUACACUUCCCUUUGUCCUCUGAGAUUCCGAUGUGUUCCUAAACCAGACCAGUCCAUCAAGACCUCCUUCCGAAAAUGGAACCCUUCAUAAGACAAGACAUCCAAAACACAAUUAUUUGGCUUGUUCCUGCACAUAGCUCCAGUCUGAGUGUUGGGUUGAUGUCAGAACUCCCCGCCAUGCACAAAUAAAAAAGUCCAGACUGGAAUAUGACCAAGGAGGAGUCCUGAUGUCCCUCUUCUGUGUUGUCUCAGUUGCACACGGGGCACAAAUGCUGACUUGUGACUCAGACAGUCUCUGUGGAAUAUCAGCUGUGUUUAAAGUCAUCAGCCAUCCCAUAACCUGGACUGUCAGUACGGUAUGUGUGUUAGUGAUAUUCAAGUCCAUUGUCCAGGGAACAUUCCCAAACUAUGAUAAAGUGAGCCCAAACCAGACAUGUAGCAUGAAAACAGUCAGAUGACAAGGGUGCAGGAAGGCGCCGUGGCCAUAAAUCAUCCACUAACUGAACGUGUCCAGUAGCAACAAAAGAGUUGAUCGUGCCAUUGUCACUUCUAUUCUGCAUUCCAACCCUUCACUCUGCUGUAUCUACUCUCCGUUUAGCUAAUUUAAUCAUCUGAGGAGAACUUUGUGAGCUAACCAGCGUGAUGUAUUAUCAAACCCUGUUGUGUCUCCUGUAUACACGUGUAAUUCGAUGUGUGACAUGACGCCUGGAUGAA